UAAUUAUUUUAUAAAAUUUUUCCGUGGAGGUAAGAAGUAUUUUUAUUAUUUUCUAGUGUUUAAAUUAUCUCUGGCGAUAUUUAUAAGUAUUUGGGAAUAUUUUUCGAUAUUCUAUUGGUAUUUUGAUAAAUUUUAAUGAGAAGCUCGAAGAUUGAUCCAAAAACCGAGGGGCUAUUGAUAGCCACAUUAAGUAACACCCUAACUACGAAAUAUAGUCAAAAAACACAUGUACUACAGCUACUAUGCUUUAUAUAUAUAACUAGAAUGACUAAACCAACAAAAUAUGAUGACUACAUUACCACAAUGCCACAAUGGCUACGGAAAUUACUACAUUUUAACUCAAUUUUUUAAGUUUUUUUAUCAUUAUUAAUAGUAAUAUAUUAUGAUUAUUUAUGAGAGGUAUAAAUCCUUUGGAAAGUAUUGAAUUGUCUAUAUCGUUAUAUAUUCAAAACAAUUUCAGUAACAUAUAAUAUUAAAUGGAAUACUAAAAAAUAUAUUUUAUGUUACAAGGGGAAUAAUGUGUGAAUUUCCAAAGCGUAAGAGGGGUAGUGCACUUUUUGGAAAUUCACACAUUAUUACCACUGUCCCUAGUAACAUAAAAUAUGGUUCGUUACAUGUGCCCAAUCAGAGAGCCCGCUCACAACUCAUUUGGAGGGGAAAUCAAACACUCGCCAAGGCUCGUGCUUCCCCCUCGAAAUUCGUUGUGACCGCACUCUCAGCCUGGGGCUCGAUUCUCAAACUCAUUUUUCGUAACAACAUUUUUAGUAACCCUUAGUAACGAAAUACAUAUACUAUUAGUAUAUUUAUCAAUAAUAUGUAUAUUUUUUUCUUUAAUUCAAAAAAUGAGAGUAUACAUACAGCUUUUUUAAGUUGCAAUUGGAAAAUAUCAAAUUAUAUAGAUACAAUCAUAAGUUAAUAUUUUUGAUAGAUUAUCAAUAAUUAAAAAUAUGAGAACCGUUUAUAGGAUUCGAUUUUAAUGAAUGAGAUUAUAAUAAUAAUAUCGUACACAAAAAGUAUAUGUGUUUAAAAUCUCGUUUAUGAUCGAAAAAGUUAUUGAUUGAUGUCUACACUAAUAUUAUUAUUUACUGUGCUAACUACCAAGUUUAAGCUGAAUAUUAUUAUUAUUAUUAUUAUUAUUAUUAUUAUUAUUAUUAUUAUUAUUAUUAUUAUUAUUAUUAUUAUUAUUAUUAUUAUUAUUAUUAUUAUUAUUAUUAUUAUUAUUAUUAUUAUUAUUAUUAUUAUUAUUAUUAUUAUUAUUAUUAUAUAUAUUAUUAUUAUUAUUAUAUAUUAUUAUUAUAUAUUAUUAUUAUUAUUAUUAUUAUUAUUAUAUAUUAUUAUUAUUAUUAUUAUUAUUAUUAUUAUUAUUAUUAUUAUUAUUAUUAUUAUUAUUAUUAUUAUUAUUAUUAUUAUUAUUAUUAUUAUUAUUAUUAUUAUUAUUCAUAUCUUCUUGUUCAUAAUAUUAAUCUUCUGUUUACAAGUUAAUAUCAUUGAGUGUGGAGUACUUUUUUUGUAAAAAUUUAGGAAACAAUCAUUUGAAAUUGAAAUCGUUUGCAGAAAAAUCAAAUAUGAUUUCAAAAGUUCAUAAAGAAUAAAUAAAAUGUACAAAAGAAGGAAACAAAAAAAUAAGCGUUUGUCCGCGCCCGCCAGCCCUGUCGAGUUCAAGCCAUCAGAGGCCCGCUGAUAAAUACCCGCUAUGGUAUGUGGUGAUAUGUCCAAAGAAUCGAACUCCGUGUUGGAUUCUCGUGUGAUAGCAAAAGCACCAGAGGGUGAAGGAUGUCCGCGAUGCGGUGGAUAUGUUUAUGCUGCUGAACAAAUGCUUGCGAGAAACCGACAGGGCUACCAUAGGGCAUGCUUCAAGUGCAAAAUUUGUCACCGGAACCUCGACUCUACGCUGCAUUGCGACGGUCCAGAUCGCGAUAUAUACUGCCGAGCAUGCUAUCCAAAAAAAUUUGGUCCACGAGGCAUAGGUCAUGCCGGAGUUAUGUGGAUCGGGUUGCAGUGUGAUAUUGAAGACGACGGAGAUGCUGCUCCUCGUACAAGCGUGGCUGAUACCGCAAAGAUUCAAGCACCUCCUGGAAAAGGAUGUCCUCGGUGUGGUGGUGUAGUUUUUGCUGCUGAACAAGUCCUCGCUAAAGAUCGAGAGUGGCACAGAAAAUGUUGGAAAUGUCGCGACUGUGCUAAAACACUGGAUUCCAUAAUUGCUUGCGAUGGACCUGAUAAAGACGUUUAUUGUAAAACUUGCUAUGGCAAAAAAUGGGGGCCGCACGGUUACGGAUUUGCAUGUGGAUCUGGAUUUCUUCAAACCGAUGGGCUGACAGAAGAUGAUAUUUCUGCGUCAAGACCAUCAUACAAUCCUGAUACGACGGCAAUCAAAGCUCCUGCUGGUCAAGGAUGUCCACGAUGUGGUGGCAUGGUUUUCGCUGCCGAGCAACAGCUUGCAAAAGGCACAAUGUGGCACAAAAAAUGUUUUAAUUGCAAUGAGUGUCACAGACCUCUUGACUCCAUGCUUGCUUGUGAUGGACCUGAUAAAGAAAUACACUGUCGUGCUUGCUACAGUAAACUUUUUGGGCCGAAAGGUUUCGGAUUUGGUCACUCUCCGACUCUUGUAUCUACCAAUGGUGAUAGUGCGCCUUCAUAUAUUGAUUCAAAACCUCAACUCGGCACAAAAUGUGAAAAUGGACAAGGAGGUUGCUCUCGUUGUGGUUAUCCAGUUUAUGCAGCUGAGCAAAUGAUAUCCAAAGAUCGAGUUUGGCACAAAAGAUGCUUUAGCUGUGGUGACUGCCAUCGCUCGUUGGAUUCGACCAAUCUCAACGACGGACCAGACGGGGAUAUAUACUGCCGUGGCUGCUACGGUAGACAUUUUGGUCCACGUGGCGUUGGAUUUGGCAUGGGUGCCGGUACGCUAACGAUGGCCUAAAUGUUCUCGAUCAAACAUAGCGGCGAUUAUUAUUAUUAUUAUUAUUAUUAUUAUUAUUAUUAUUAUUAUUAUUAUUAUUAUUAUUAUUAUUAUUAUUAUUAUUAUUAUUAUUAUUAUUAUUAUUAUUAUUAUUAUUAUUAUUUAUUAUUAUUAUUAUUAUUAUUAUAUUAUUAUUAUUAUUAUUAUUAUUAUUAUUAUUAUUAUUAUUAUUAUUAUUAUUAUUAUUAUUAUUAUUAUUAUUAUUAUUAUUAUUAUUAUUAUUAUUAUUAUUAUUAUUAUUAUUAUUAUUAUUAUUAUUAUUAUUAUUAUUAUUAUUAUUAUUAUUAUUAUUAUUAUUAUUAUUAUUAUUAUUAUUAUUAUUAUUAUUAUUAUUAUUAUUAUUAUUAUUAUUAUUAUUAUUAUUAUUAUUAUUAUUAUUAUUAUUAUUAUUAUUAUUAUUAUUAUUAAGAUACGAAUGUUAGAUAACAAAAAAGUACAAAUCUUUUUUCCGAAAAAUUAAUGUCUGUUUAUAUAACAAAUAUCUUUAUUGCUUAUACAAAAUUAGAAUUAUAAUUCACGAGCGCUUUCUGAAUAGAAACAUCGCAAAUAAUCGUGUAAGUAAAUAAAUUUCAUGAUUUUUGUUCAUCUGGUCAUAAAUGAUAUACGUUAUUAUAGCGAUAUAGAUAAAAAAACGUACGAAACGUUUUAUUUUUUAUAAGAAAGAAAAUUUUAUUAUAAACCAAUUCUACUAUGUCAUCUUGUUUUGCGAACGAAAAGAAUUAAUAAAUGAUUAUUCAUUCAAUAUAAAUUUUUAAA